AUGGGGAAGAGGGGAAGGGACUCCGACGCUGCAACAUGGAGUACCCACGUGGCCUAUUUUGAACAUGUUGCACCAGCUCAUGAGUGUUUGAUCGUGGAAAACGUUCCUGAAUACAGCGAGAUGUUGGUCCUCAAGUGUCUGAAGAAGAGUGGCUACUCCUGGCAGGCGAAGUCUCUGAGGAUCGACCCCAGGGUGCUAGGCCUUGGGUGUGCUAGAGCCCGUCUGUACAUGGUGAUCUUCAGAACAGAUAUCUUUCGAUGGGAGCCCAACUUCACACUAGAGCAGUUGGUGGAAUGCUUAGCAGGACAGGUUGCACUAUCAGCAGGAUCAUACUACUGGGCCAAGCUUCCACCGGUAAAGCUUUCCACGGCACAGGAAAAGAACCGACAAGACUACCGGCGCACGACCAAGCUCCAGUUCAUGGAUCUAUCCCAAUAUCCGAAGAAUGGUCGUGGGAGGGGAGAAACAAAAGAUGGUGCUCUUCCCACAUUGACAACUACCACUGGAUCAUUGUGGUCAGAGGCCCACCAAAGAUGCCUCUCUUCCGAUGAGCUGCUGUCAAGCCAUGUCCUCCCAGUGACACGGGCACAGGCGACAAAAUGCCACAGCCCGAGGCUCAAAUUUGAUGGUUGCUCAAAUGCUUCCAAAGUCAAGAUGGCCGGAAACGGCAUGAGCGUACCAUGCAUGGGGGUGGCCAUGAUGGGAGCUGCAAUCGCUCUUGAGCGAAUUGAUGGUUCAUAG